AUGACGAGCAAAAGAUUCGUCAAGUUUACUGAAGAGGAAAUUGCGUCGUUUACCGAACACCAAGAAAAUGCCAAUACGAAGAAGAAAACUGUGCCUGAUCUAAAAUUAUUUAACGAGUUUCUUAACAGCGAGGAAGAAGAGAGAAAAAUAGAAAAUAUUCCAGCCGCCGAGCUCCAACAUUUAGCAAAGAAGUCUGUACUCGGAGUAAGAAAGAAAAACGGCGAGGAAUAUGAACCAUCUUCUCUAAGAGGGUUUUUGCAAAGUGUUGACCGCUACCUCCGUAAAAAAGGAUGCACAUUUUCCCUUUUUAACGACAAACAAUUCUGUGAGGUUCAAGAUAUCCUGAAAAAGAAGCAGAAACAAGUUAAGGCCAUAGGAAAGGGAAACAAGCCUAAUAGUGCCGAUACACUAACAGAUGAAGAAAUAGAGGAAUUCUACCGGGCAGGAGUUGGGGGUUCUGUUAUUGAAAGGGUUGUGACCUAUAAGCUCUUGGGUGUCUAUAUCCCUGAUGAUCUUUCAUGGAAUGUUCACAUGGAGCACAUAGUCAAAAAGGCCAACAAGCGUUUGUACGCAUUGCGCGCGCUUAAAAAAAGUGGCCUCACUAUCACGCAGCUAGUGCAAGUGUACUGUAGCAUUGUAAGAUCUGUACUUGAAUAUGCCUGCCCUGUUUGGGCUGCCCUGCCGAAGUAUUUAGAGGACGCUAUAGAAUCUGUACAAAAAAGGGCCCUACGCAUCGUUUUGCCGAAUUAGGGAACUUAAGAACCACGACGACGGCUUGGUCGACGACGACCGGAAGUGAGUUACACUGUACUGCGCAAGCGCGACUAGUAAAUUUCGUCGUCGUGGUGUCGUCGACGACGCCAAACAAAGUAGAAUCACGUCGUCCUACAAUCCACAAGCUUCGGCAGGUAUAAAUCCACUGUUUUAAGCAAUUUUUGAAGGCCUUUGCAUUUUCUUGUCCUCCUAAAUCCAGGUAUCGUUCCUUUUUUCUCCAAACAAGCGAUGUUGAUUGAAAAUUCGACUAAUGAAUUGAUUUUACUUUGAAGAAUGGCAACAGUUGAGGAGGCCGAGCGAGCGAGCUCGUAAGUGAAUUGUGAUAAAUUUAUUUGUACGUAUUUAGGUAAGGCAAAUCAUAUAUCUUUAAUAUAGAGGAAAUAAACUUUAUAUGGAAAACAGCUGAAUAAGCUGAAAGCUGAAAGUUGAAUAAUUUCGUACGGAAAGUAGGUGUAUUUCCACUCGAAAAGGUGAGACAACACCAAAAAUUUUUCAUCGUCAAUGAAAUUAGACGUACGGCUUGAACAAAUAAGAUCUUGCGUUGUUUUGAAAGACGCCAUUGCGAAAAACUUUGUUGCGAACGAACAUCACAGUUUUACAUCUGUGUUUACAUUCAGUGUCGUCGUCGUCGACCUACCGACCGACCGCAUCUUAACUUCCCUUUUUCCCGCCGAAACCGACGUUCUCGUUCCAGUCUUUUCUCAGUCAACAGACGUCGUCGUCGACAACUUCGUCGUGGUUCUUAAGUUCCCUAUUGUCACUAUGACGACGCCCUAAUUCAAUCUGGUAUCACUGCCCUUUCCCAGAGAAGGGAGGAAGCUUGCAUAAAUUUUAUGAAGCGUGACUGCCCGUCGUCUCCGGUACUCAAGCGAUUAAUUCCUUGUGUGUCAAUUGACAGGCCAUACUGCCUCCGUUCCGGUACGCCUUGUCCCCAAGACAAAGCGGUUCGCAGAUUUCUGCACCAUUAAGUUUCAAGACCAGUUGAAAUCCUGUGCUCUGUUAUUUCUUCUCCGUUAUGUAGUGCUUUUAAUCAUAUUUACAUAAUUAUCUAUUUGAUUGUUUUUGUAUUGUAUUGUCUUCUGUUAUUGUCACUGACCUUCCUUGUAAUUCAGCCUUUAUGAUGUGAGAGGGAUAUCAAUAAACUAUUACUUAUUAAAACGCCACGAGCACUUCUGAAUACAGUUUGGAUUAACAAUUGUAUCUAUUUCGGCAUGAGGCCUGGACAAGAGCAACGAGAUCUUUGCUGGAGAGAUUUGGAGCUGAAAACUAAUGCUGACGGGCUUCGUUACGUGAAGUUUUCCACCGAGCGCCAAACAAAAACGAGAACUGGUGAAAACACAAAAAAUGUCAGAGAAAGCAAGCCAAAGAUGUUAAAAAAACCUUCACAAUAA